AUGCAGCACAUCUGUCCACUGGAAAGGAAUUCCUUUCCACACGAUGACACUGUGGGUGCGACAAAGGAGAUACUAAAGCACUUGAAAAAAUGUCCACUAUAUUUAAAGGCGCUUUAUCUCCACUACAACCCAUUUUAUUUCCCGAACAUCAAUGACACGAGUAGCUACUUAAUAGACAAAGGGGAUAUCGAAGAAGAGCUGAGGAAAUACCAUGUGGCAUUCAACGAAACCAUUCUGCAGGUUUUAAAAAAAAAAAUAAGAAUCACUACCUUCGAUCAGUUCCGAACCCUUAAGUAUAAAAUAAUUUUAGAACAUUUUUUAAAUCACGGAGUUGAGCAUCUGUUGUCUAAGUUGGGAGAUGAGGAUUUUGUUAGAAAACUGCAGGAAGAGGUGCAAGGGGAGCUACCAGGGGGAGUAGCGACUUCUGUACAGACGGCUGUAGCGAGCGGUCCAGUACCUGCUGUUGCAGUAAAGGAGGAAGGAAAUGGUGAAGAGCCAACGAGGCAACCGAUGGUGGAACCCCCAUUGGAAGACUCCCCCGAAGGAGAUCCCCUUUUAAGUAUUGCCAACCAAUUCUUGGAUGGCCAUAUUAGCGCAGUGAAGAAAUUGAUAUACCAUUUGAGGGAAACGCCCCACCGGAAGAACGGAAAGAACUCGUUUGUAAAGGAGCAGCUGGGGAGGUUAUCCUCCGUUGGCAUAACAACAGAAGCAGAAGGAGAAAACAUUUGUGGUGUUGAUGGGGUAGACACAAAUGGAAGAAAUAGCAACUCCACGAAGAAACACCCACUCCCCAUUCUUACCCUCCAAAGGAUUGGAGACAUCCACAAGUAUCGACUCUGCCAAGACCUCCUACAAUUUAUAGACGAGGAAGUAUUCCCCGUGAAACAAAAAAAAAAUGAAGAGGAAAACAUCGAAAAGGAAGAUACCAUCACGGACGAACAACUGAUUGAGAAGGAAAACCUCGGCAGAGAUGAAAUUAUAAGCAUCAUCAUCUAUACAGUCAUCUAUUUAUGCUGCAAAAUGAGCAUUAUCAAAAGAUUAAAAAAUAAAAAUUUUCAUUACAAAAAUUACCUGAACAGUUCAGGUGAAAAAUCAAUAUAUUUUUUUUUGGAAAAUUUAGACAAACAUGAUUUACAAAAUGUGAACAUGAUAUUUUUGCUUCUACAUUUUAACAACGAUUUGUUUGGGAUUUUCAAAUGUAUGUUUGAUGAGAGAGCAUGUAAUAGAAGUAAAUUCAUCUCCCUGAGGGAUUACCUGUUUAUCGAGUUGGGUGCUGGGAAAGCCAACACGACACGAUGGGUCAAAUUUAUUAUGGAUGACUUGGUGGAUAUUUUGGAGAAGUUUUUUUCGCGCAGGGCUCAACGGGGGGAAGGAAACCUCGCGGAAAAGGUAUCCCUGACUGGAGAAAAAGUGGGCACUCAGACGGAGGAGCAAAUAAGGAACCCCAUAGGGCAAUCACCCGAACCACCCCAACAACGGGCGAGGUGCAAACUUCUGAUAAUCGAGAGGGAAUCCCUGAGGAAUAAAAAGGAAAAAAAAAACUUCCUUAUGCAAAUGACACAAGAGAAAAACGAACAUCUACUCAGGAUAAAGGCAGACAUCUCAGACUUCCAUUUAUCAAAAUUUAUUUAUUUUUCAGAAAAUGGUUUCAAAGGGGAAGGAGAUCACUUGGUGUUCAUUCCUGAUAUAAUUCAGUUUUACUACUACAAGGGGGUGUACAACUGGAGGGGUUCGAUCCAUAUCACGGAUAACCUGCGGGGUAACCUACUGGAUGGUGAAGGAGGCAGGGGUGUCUUCCCCCCAGAGGGUGAACAGGUGGACGACCCACUGAAAACGGACGAGCAGCCUAACGACGGGAGGGCCCUGAUAACGGAAACCUUCCUGCGAAAUAACCUUAUGCAACUGGGUACCUAUUUUGAUGUGCACGUAAAGAAGCUCCUCUCCUUUUUGACCCAGGGGAAUAACAACCUGUUGAAAGUAUACGAUGACAUGAACAACUUCCUCGAAAAUUUCCACUGCAAAAAGGUAACCUUUAUAACGAAGCACUUGUGUGGAAAUGGUACCGACUUAGCUCUUAGAAUGCUAGUGAAUAACACCAAGAACAAGGACAAAGAAAAUUACUUCAUCCUCGCCCCGUGCUGUCACCACAGAUGUGAUGUGUACAAAAUUUUAGGCUUUGAGGUUUUGAAGAAAUUGGGUGUCAAUGAGGGGCACCUGCAACAUUUCGUGAGACACAUGUCCGGCUACGCCUCCUGUGAUAACCAGGAGAAGAAGACCAUCGGGAAGAAAGUUAAACUUCUGGUGGACCUAGUCAGGAUUCUGUACCUACUGGAUGAAGGACUAGAGAAUGUGUACCUCAUCAAAUAUGUUAACCGAAGCAUAACAAUAGAGAACCAUGUCAUCGUCUUCUUUAACCAUCACAAGUUGGAUUUGCGCAAUUUCAAGCACUUCUGA